AUGCACUUGGGUUCUUUACAGCGCGUGCUAUGGGAGUUGCUGAACCAAAAGAGAUACUUGCUUGUAUUGGAUGAUGUUUGGAACGACGAUCAAGACAAGUGGUCUCAGUUAAGAGAUGUUUUGGCUUGUGGCUUGAGUGGGAGUUCGAUUAUCGUCACCACACGAUUAAAAAAGGUUGCUGAAAUAAUGCGAACACUUCCACCACAUUACUUGACUGGAUUGUCAGAAGAGCAUUGCUGGAUGCUUCUCCGAGAACGUGCAUUCGGCCAGGGUAAUAAAGAGUUAUCUCCCAAGCUGGAAGCCAUUGGUCGGCAGAUAGUGAACAAGUGUUCUGGUGUCCCUUUGGCUGCCAAGGCGCUUGGAGGUUUGCUGCGAUUUAAGAGGACAGAAAAGGAGUGGAUUUACGUAAAAGAAAGUGAAAUGUGGGAAUUACCUGAAGAAGAAAAUUUGAUACUGCCAACCCUGAGAUUGAGUUAUCAUCAUCUUCCGUUAGCAUUGAGACAAUGUUUCGCUUAUUGUGCAGUAUUUCCCAAGGAUUCUCGUAUUCAGAAAGAAGAAUUGAUCUUUUUGUGGAUGGCGCAUGGAUAUAUUUCAUCAAAGAGGGUAAUGGAAGUGGAGGAUGUCGGGGAAGAAAUAUGUAACGAGCUAGUGUUGAGAUCACUUUUGCAAUGUGAUACAGAUCCGGAUACAAACAAACCCACUCUCAUUAUGCAUGAUCUUGUUCACGAUCUCGCCCGGUCAAUCCUGGAGAAUGAAAUUCCUAGAACACAAGUGCUAAGGAAUGUCAGAAAUGCAUCUUACAGCAAAAUCAGGCAAGUAAAUUUGCGAAGAAAGUUGAUGGCAUUUCCAACAAGUAAUAAACCUGAGAUGGACAUGUCUUUCGUAUUAACAAACUUUUGUCGUUUAAGAAUAUUAGAUGCUAGUUGGACAGGGGUAGUAGAUUUUCCCCGUGCACUAGGCAAACUAAAACACUUGAGACACUUGAACUUGUCUGGAACUGGAAUUCGUACCCUACCAAAAUCAUUGUGUAGUCUAUUGAAUUUGCAGGUCUUGAACUUGGAUGACUGCAAAGAGCUUGUGGCUUUACCCAAGAAGAUGAGAUACUUAGUGAAUCUCCGUCAUCUGUAUUUGGAAUCAUGCACGUCGUUGAAGGAGAUGCCGUCUAAAAUUGGUAAACUUAUUGGCCUUAGAACAUUGAGUGUGUUCAUAGUGGGUCGUAACAGAGGAAAUCGAUUUGAAGAAUUGGAAUGCUUGAAGCUGUGUGGCAAUCUUAAAAUCCGCCAUCUGGAAAGAGUGGAAAACCCAACAGACGCAAAGAAGGCAAAUCUUGCUGAAAAAGAAAAUCUUCGUGUGUUGUGGUUACUUUGGGAAUGUGAGAAAAUUGCAUUGAAAUCAGGAGGAGAACAAAUAGAUGAGAAGGUGCUUGAAGCACUCGAACCUCACCGAAAUCUCGAGUAUUUAGUGAUAAAGGGGUUCGCGGGUAGGUGUUUUCCAGUUUGGAUGUCAAGUUCGACUCUGGACAAAGUGGUCGAUAUUUAUAUAUUAGAUUGCCGGAAUUGUUCGCAUCUUCCACAACUGGGAAAUCUACCCCAUCUUAAAUCCUUGCUCAUACGUAAUGUGGCGGGGAUAGAGUACAUUAUUGAGGAUCCAUCAAUAAGCGUCCGAGUCCGACAGUACUUCCCAUCUUUGGAAACACUGCAUCUGAAGUCUCUCCCCAAUCUGAAAGGGAUCCAUAGAAAUCUUAUUGUUUGUUAUAACACUAAAGUUAUUUUAACAAGGUAUUUAUAA